GCUAAAUGAGCGGUAAUUUCUGGCGCUCCCGUUGUAGCGGGUUGGAUUGUCUGGUUUUAGUCCGGGUUUUAAGAUCAUUUGAGUCUGAGGCUUUUGUUAUUACAGAUUAUUGUCGAUUGCUUUACUUGUUAAGUGUAAGUUCACCCUGUGCUCUUGCUAGGUCGUCGACUUAUCUUAUUAGUUUAUCUCUUUCCCAGCCCUCUAACGCUACUCUUAUUUACUUAUUUACUUAAACACAUAAACGUUAGUACAAGAAGGCACCAAAUAUAUAUGCGUCACAUAAACCAUUGAAUUUGUGUGAGGGCCAGGGCACUAUCCAGUGCACGCUACUCUGCGUGCAACCGCAGUAAAUAAAAUGUUGUAAGCUACUCUAUUGGCUUAGUUAGUGUCCAUUUUUGCAAGUUUAUAUUAUGCCAACCCACGUUUACCUUAUUAUUUUCCAAAUUCUCAAGUCGCCUAGAUAAGCCGUAGUAAGUCAGUUUUGUACCUAAAAUCUGGCGUAAGUCAGUAAUUGCUACUGUCAUUAUAUAUAGUUCUACUGAACGACGAAGGACGAAUUUGUUUGCUUUACACAGUGCUAUCACCUAUUGUUCGACUUAUCUGGGUACUCAUAUAGUCAUAUUGGUCGGAUGUGGAUCUAUUUGUUGCAACUAACUGAUCAAAUCUUAUUCGAUACUAACUUCACUAUUUCGUUACUUUUGCAAUUGUCACUUGGGUCAUGUAUCCGGUACCUUAUCUCAUACUCAAUAGUCCCUAAAGAAAUACCGUACUGGAUUAAUUAAAUUUUUGUAUUUUAAAUACGGAGAGUGAUAUCUUAAGUGUGAUUGUAUAAUUAAGGUAGAGAGCAUUUCCAUUAAAUAGUCACAAAAAGCCCUCUUUUCUGCUUGUGAGCUUAUUGACGACCCUUUUUAUCAUUUUCUUCCUAGCUGGUACUGAUGUCACACUCCUCUGAAGCAGAGUAUUACAAGUCAUUUGCAUUCCAGUGUUAUUAGAGUAACACUAGAGUAGAGACUUUAAUUACAGUUAAAACAGAUUUGUGGGAAAAACGUUUUUCAAGUUUUCACACUCUAGCUCGAACGCGAUCAAUAAUGAGUUUACUGUCAACUGGACGACAUUAAUACAUCUCAUAAAGCAAAAGUUGUUCCCCCAACAACAGGUUGAAUGCCUUGGGGUGUUCAGGUACAGAGCACAUUCGCCUAGGUGGUUAGCUGAGAUUCAUUGACCGUAAACUCAAUUAAAAAGAGCAUUUGAAGCUUUAUGGAGAUACCAAAUCAUUUGUGGGAAGACUCAACUAAUAACACUAAUCAUCGAUUCAGUGCUUGAUAUCCGUUGUCAACAAAUGAUUCGUGGAUCUAAAUCAUAAUCCAUUGAGCCGUGGAUAUAAAAUCAGUCAGUCAGCUGCAACGUAAGACCAGGCAUACAUGCGUACUGGUCCAAGUUGCCACACAUCAUUACUACAACAAGAUGAACACCGGAUUAAUAGGCGUAGUUACUUCAGUAGUAGUUAUAUUAUCAAAGAAAGAUUGUGUAUAAGGAUAUAAUGCAGGAAGAGAGAAUUAGUUCGUAGAAAGAAAGAUAUGAAGCGAUUUUAAUCUCGCGGUUUAAGGGAAAACAAGGAGGGUACACACCGACGUCAUUGUGAUCGAUUCUGAGCCAUGUCACACAAAGUCUCCAACCAUUGGUUACGAUAGUCACGCAGACCUCAACCAAGUAGUCUGCAUCUACCAACAUGGCUCAUAUCAGAGGUUAGUGACUUUAUGGACUGAUGCCACGUUUUUGUUUGGCCGCCCCUAACAUUCUUCCACUCGUUUUCAACACUAGUCAGCAUUGCGCGUCGUGGUAAUUGGUGUUCAGGCAUACGCAACACAGUCGAUGAAGUUUUACAACCUUAUCAACUGAUUUACCAUCAUUCCCUAAUACCCUGCGUCUAACCUCACUAUUACUUACCCGGUGAUCCCACCAGAUGCGAGCACUAUUUCUAAGGCAUCUGUGAUCGAGUAUCUUCUAGUUUUAAAGGCCACGUUUUGCAGCCAAAAAGUAGAACAGAACAAACUGCCGCACUGUAUACUCGUCCCUUAAUUGAUAGACGAGUAUCUCGCCUUCGCCAUAGGUGAGAUAAGUUGGCAAAAGCCAAACGAGUUUUUGAAUCCGUGCAGAGAUUUCGUCAAGCACCAACCCAAUAGGGUUGAUGAGACUUCCGAGGUGGUGAAGUUGUCGAUGUGUCCGACUACUUCACUCUCUAUCCUUAGUUCAGUUGUUGACGCAGGCCAGUCCUGAAGCAACAACUUGGAUUUAGAGGGGUGAGAAGCACAUCCCAAAAAUCCUGUUGUUGUUGCUCAGUGUUACCAAAUGACUGCAUUUUAUCAGCGUCUUCACCAAACAGAACUAUGUCAUCUGCAUAUUCGAAGUCGAUAAGCUGAUCUCUUUGUAGGACACCGAUUCCUGGAAAUUCAGUCGACGAGAACGUUAUCUUCAGCAGUAGAUCUGUGAUGAGGUUGAACAAAAUAUAAAAUAGUAUUUUAUUGUUCAGUGUGUUAUUAACUCUCAUUGGGCAAACUUCUGAGUGGUUUAGGUGGACCUCAUUAAACAUGCUGUGAUAAAAACAAUAGACGAACUUCAGCUCUUAAUUUAUUUCUGUAUGUUGUUAUCAACUGUUUAGGACGAAAUGUGUUUGAGUACGACAAGUUCCAAAAGUAUGAGAUCACAUUCAAAGGUUUUAAACUAAAUAAAGCCCAGCACUAUCCUAGAAUCUUUUAAUUUAAAGAUAUCUCGUAUUUGUGACAACUGUUAUGACUUAAUCGAAUCCACAAUUUCUCUUAGUUCCUGGAAUUCAUUUCCUAAAUUAAGGGUUCUAAUUGAAAGCCUUACUAAAUGUAAUUCUAUCAUCAUAGUCGUUUAUCUUCAUUAUCAUGGGUUACACUUGUGAUUCACAACUCAUUAUUCUAACACCGUAAUGAUUUAAAUAUGUCCAUUAUUGUGUUCAUUGUGUUAAAUAUCACAGUUCAUCCUGUUUUAAAUGUGACUUCUAAUUCACAUGGGUGAGGAUAGCAGUUAGUUUAAUCGGGAUAUACUAGACCUAUGAUGCUUGAGAGUUAGGCAAUAAAAAAUCAUGGAGUUUUCAUCUGUCUAUUACAGUUUUUGUGUCUUUUACCUUUCAGAUUACCCAUUUCUGUUUAAAAUGUCUCUUCUAAAUAUCUGCUAAUAAUCUAACACCAACACGAGCGUGCUCACCCACUGCUAGUUUUCAAAUGUUUUGUGAAUGAAUUAACCCCUUCUUUAACCUAAUAAUCAAUAAGCUAAUUACCUCGCAUCCUAAUGUGCUCCGGCAAAGCCUCAGAAUUAAAAAAUACGAAGCAGUUACUUGAUUACUUGAAAGAACUAUUUCUGGAUCGGAUGAAACUCUUAGCCACUCCUGGCUUAUACAUUCAUAUUGAAAAACUUUUGGGGGAAGAAAUACUGCGUGUUCAGAGCGAAUUGUUUUCAACAUCCGGUAUCUGUCCAAUAAAAGAAAGGGAAUUGCCAAAACCCGAUGGCCCUAAGGUUAAUCUACAAGCUAAAAUAUAUAUGCCGAUGGACUCUACCAACAAUUACAACUUUGUUGGACGAAUUCUUGGUCCUCACGGAUCCACUGCUAAAUGUUUACAACAAUUUUUAGGAGUAAGAAUUAUGAUUCGUGGUCGUGGAUCUAUGCGAGAUCAAACAAAAGUUGGAGCAAAUUUUGUUCGGCCAAACUUGGAGCAUCAUUUAAAUGACAAUUUGCAUGUUCUAAUUACUGUUGAAGAUUACGAAAAUCGUGCUAAAGUUAGACUUGAAAAAGCCAGCGAAUAUAUUAGUAUGUUUCUACAGGAAAGUUUAAAAGUAUCGGAUAAGGAAGACAAAGUGAAAAUGAUGCAAUUAAUGGAAUUGUCCAUCCUUCGUAAAGCUUGGCCAAUAAAUUUCACCAAAUUAUCGAAAUUUAAUUUCCAAUCAAGAAGAAAUACACUUUUUGAUAAAUCAAUCACUAUAGGUCAUACCAGUGGAUACAUAUCUGGACCGUAUACAUCACCAGCUUUACAACAUGGUCAACAUUUUCUACCUUUUCCAAAUCCACACCUUCAAGAUCAUCCUCAAGAAAGACAUCAACAACGGCAACAACAGUCUGUUGAUAUUCCUACUGGUCAGUCACGUUGUGAUCUCGGUGGAUUUUCACAAUAUCAUUAUCAAAAUAAUGUUGUAUUUCCAUCGCCCGGUUCAUGUGAUCUUGAUGCUACAAUGUAUUUACAUAAUGACUCUGGUCGACGUGGUUUUACAGGAUAUUUCGGAUCGAAUUGUCAACAUAUACAAAAGCAAACACUAUCGACCACACCAAGUAUACCUAUGGCGCCCUUAGCCGUCAGUUAUUGGUCAUGCACAUAUCCUAGUUUACCAUCUCCAGAUUAUCCUAUUCAACACUCAGAAAUGAAUCGUAACCCUACUACUGUCAAAACAAACAGUCGACAACCAUGUCAUAUUCAUGAACAUUGUCCUUCGGACAAUGUAAUAUCUCAUAGUUUUAUAAAUAGUUUACCACAAUCAAAUUAUACAACACCGUUGAUGAUUCAUUCACCGCGACAACAAUGUUCUCAGAGUAAUCAAUAUUUACCAUUCCAUGGAAAACAACUUGUUACAUCGAAUAAGUUGACAAGUCAAGUGCGUAUUAACUGUGUUAGUAACUCUCAUAACACUAAUCGAACGCGUCGCCGUCAUCAUCAUCAAAAUGGUAGCACUUAUAGUGGUGGGUCCGUUGAAGAGUUUCAUAAAAGGUUACAAAAGCAUUCAUCAGGCGAUGAAAGUGUUCUUCACCAUCAUAAAUCAGAAGAAUUUAUUCACAAUAGUGUAAUUAUUGAUGAUAACAAUAAAAAUGAUAUUAAUGAUAGUAAUAAUAAUCAUUCACUUUCUAUCGGUGCGUUAAAACGAAACCCUACCAAUGGAAUAAAGAAAUUUCAUUCUGAUAAGUGUAAAACUAUAAUUACUACUACUACUACUACUACUACUACUACUAGUAACACUCACAAUACUACUGCUUCUACUAAUCAUAUAGGUCUUCAUCAACAGCGAUUCAAUGGUCAAGCAAGUACCAAUGAAAAUGUUGUCAUUACCUCUCGUAGCAGUCAUAAUUCGAUUCAUGCUCUUAACCCUACUGAUAUUGCUAAAGUAAAUAAUGAUGAUAAUAUCCGUAAAAGUACUAAGAACUGUUUAAAUGAACAGGAACAACAGUACCAACACGAGUAUUAUGAUGGUUAUACAACUGGGAUGGAAAAAGUUAACAGUAUGCCUCGUAAUGAGUAUAAAAAGAACAGUUUCAAGUCUAGGACUAAUCAUACUAAUACCACUACCAAUACUAAUACAUGUAUUAGUCAUAAUAAUGCUAUCAUUACAUCAACUAUUAACUCUGUUACAAGUAGAAUUAAAACAAUCAAUCAAGAUAAAAAGUAUUUUAUUAAAAAUACUGAGGUUAAUAUAAUAAAAAGUACUCCGUCUAACAGAAAAUUAUCUGAUUCAAGCUUAAAACCUAUUGGAUUAGUUACAGAUGAAACAGAGUGGCCAAGACUUGGGACUAGUGUGAAUUCACUUCAAACAUCAACUGUCAAUAAUUCUCAACGGUCGUCAUCUAAAUUAAAUGUUGUUUUGAAUGAUGAUGUUAGUGAUAAUAAUAAUGAUGAUAAUAAUGCUCAAUCGAUAACAUUAUCACAUAAUUCCAAGUCUAAUUCACUUGAUAUUGAUGAUAACAAUAAAGUUGAGAUAAAUCAUCAAUCAUCAUUGUCAACAUUCAAAUCGACCGGGUGAAAAAUGUUCCCGUAUAAUUAAUGUUGAAAUAAGGUUGAAUCUCCAUGAAAUUCAUUGAGAAAAUCCAUUUUUUUUAAAAAUAUUGUAAAACAGCUUGUUUUCUUAUUCAUUGUUCAAUUUGUUUUAUUUUGUUUGUUGAAAUUAGGGAUUUUUAUUCUUUUUAAAAAAAUAUUUUUCAUGAUUCGUUGUUUAUUCCAUUAUUUUGUUGAUUUCUAUGUUUGCUGCUUUUUACCUUCAUUUCGUUUUCUUUUAUCUUUUAAUGUUUUCUUUAAUGGUUAACCUUUUUUCUUGUUGUUGAUUAAAACUGUUAUGAAGAAGGAAAUAACACUGUUUUGUUCUUGUAAAUUAUAGUAGAUUAUGUUUUG